UGCAGGAGCCUGUAGAUGACUGUCACUGUGUCAUGUCAAAUCUCAUGUGAGACACGAUAAGAUGCAUGUUUUUAAGAUAUGACAAUGAUUAUUUAUACAAUAAUUGAUUGUUUAUUGGCAUUAGAUCAUUUGAAAGGAUUUAGAACAUAGACUCAGUUCUGCUGUGCAACAGACAUGAGGAACUUCCUCACAUCUAUGUGGUCAGUGUCAUACUGCUAUAUCUGCACUUCCUGUAGUAGCUGUGAGAGUGAGUGUGAUCUAUAGAGAGUGUUCAUUAUGAUCAGACUCGGUGCAGCAGUUGGUCAGUGUGUGUUUAGCUCCAAUUCUCUCUUUGGAUUAAUGUGUGUGUUUGGGUCCUCAGUCAGAAUGCAGGUGUGUUUUCUUCUCCUCCUUAUACAACUUCAUGUCACUGAAGGCUGCAGACUGGAAGGAAACAGAGAGACAAAAGAGAUCACUGCAUACACAGGAGGUUCAGUACUGCUGCCCUGCUCCUGCACUGACCUCCACACCAAACCUGAGACAUUCACAUGGUGGAAACUAACAAAUGAUUGGGUAGAGAUAUCUCCUGAGAGUGAGCAGUACAAAGACAGAUUUCAGCUGGUUAAUGAUCUCUCUUCAGGAAAUCUCUCUCUGCUCAUAUCACACCUGUCUGAAGAGGAUGGAGGAGAUUACAUGUGUGAUCUUAAAGUGAGUGAAUACAGAGACUUCAGACUCACUGUUAAAGGUUGCACACUGAAUAAUCAGACAGUGACUGUGACUGGAUACGUGGGACAGUCUGUCCUUCUGCCCUGCUCCUGCUCUGAACUACAAGCCAAACCACACACUUUCAGAUGGGUCUAUUUUAAAGGAUCUGAUCGUAUAACGAUCUUCCCAAAGAACGAGACAAAUCGCUACACAGACAGAGUUCAGAUCUUUAAUGAUCAUCUUCCAGGAAAUCUCUCUCUGCUCAUAUCACACCUGACUGAACAGGAUGGAGGAUGGUACGGGUGUGAGAUCAGCAACAAUAUCGAUGCAAACAUCAAACUUAUAGUACAAGACGCACCAACAAGACCUUCAGCAUCCAGACCAGUGAUCACAACAACUUCACCUAAUCCUGAACCAGAGCGUCUUCCCUUCGUCCCCUUUGCCCUGAUGACUGUGAUCUUUCUGCACAUCAUCGUGGCUGUGGUCUAUUGCAGAACCAGAAAGAAAGUUUACUCUCCAGGUCCUGAUAGAGUUCAUUACAGCAGAGCUGAUGGAGAUGGAGCAGUGAGUCUGCAGUGGAGAAGAACUCAAUCAGCUGAUCCAUCAAUACAUUAAUAAACAGAUUUAUUCAUAAAUAGUCCUGCAUAAGUAGUUCUGUAAAUACCGAAGCUUCAUUUUUUAUUCACGAUUUGUCCUUUCCAACCUUUUAGACGUUCAGCUUUCAUUUUCUGCCUAAUAAUAUUUUAACUAAUCGUAGAAUAUGUGUGGUUUAGAUUUAAAAGUAGAUCAUUUAGAGUUUUAUACCUGAUUCUCACAUGCUUUUGAAGCCUGCUUCACUUUCACAAUAUUUACAUCAUUAAAAACUAGGCACAUUGUAUUUUUCCCCUCAGAAAAUAUUGUAAUGUUCUUGGUCCUGUAUUGUAAAUGCGAUCAGAACUGAUGUAUUCUGACUAACACUGGUG